AUGUCAUUUAUUGAAAAUAAACCAGCUUCAGAUUUCAUUUCCCUCUCUUCUUCCAACUUCGUUCAGAAUGCUAGUGAAACUUAUGAAAGCACUGCUUCUUCAACUUCAUUCGAACUUUCAGAAGAACUUGACUCUUUGCUUGCUUCCGGUGGUCAUUCGUCUAAUACCUCGUUUGCGCAAGAAACGAGUGAAAAUUAUAUUGCAAACAUAAAUAGAACGACCCAUUUUUAUAGAGAUAGAUUCAUUCCUGUUAGAACUGGUGACACGAUAACAGAAUUUCAAAGUCAUCCUGCACCAUCUUUGGAAUCAAAUCCAUCUAAACGGAAAAGAGGUGACUUAGAGAGUGGAAAAGAAAAACAGGAAGAUCGUCUGCAUAGAUCUAUAGUCCAAAGAAUCAUGUUCCCUUAUUACAAGUCCAGUGAUAACAUUGAAAAUAUCGAAAUCAGAUCAUUGUCUUCAACUAGAAAGAACCUUUUUAAAUUUCAAUCCUCUUUGCGACACUCCCGUGUCUUUGAUACACCCUUUAGAAAUGCUUACUCAACUACUAUCUUAUCUCGUGAGGUUGAGGAAUUAAUGACAACCCCUCGUAAGCCCGAGAGAGUCAUUAAUCCAACUCCAUAUCAGAUGCUUACAUUUUGCAACGAAUUGAUGCUUAAGGAUGAUUUUUAUCUGAAUGUUGUCGACUG